AUGCAGAUGGAGCCUCUCCAGGUGUGGGGAUUCCUGAGCCUCUUCAUCCUCCACGCUGCCCAGAGCACCUCACACAGCUCUCAGCCCGUCUACCUGCUGCUGGCUCCCAGGAUCCUUCGCUCCGGAGUCCCAGCAUCACUGAGCGUCUCCAUCCUCAGCGACUCCGAGGUCCUGGUGUCUGCUCGCAUCGUCCAUGGCAACCAGACGCUGUCCUCGGCGUCCGCCACUGUGGCAGGAGGUUCAACUAAGCUGCUGACGAUGCCUCCAAUCCUCACGGGCGACUCCAGCCACAUGCACCCCUACAUCCUGGAGGUCGAAGGUCACGUGGGGAGCCACCAAUAUUUCUCUAACUCAACAGAGCUGCGCUUGGAUUCCAAAAGCAUCUCCAGCUUCAUCCAGACGGACAAACGGAACUAUCUGCCCGGGCAGGAGGUGAAGAUCCGAGUGGUUUCCAUUCAUCCUGAUGGGAAACCCUGCGUCAGCCCGGUGGACGUCACAAUCCUCGAUCCGAGGGGAAACCUGCUCAGACAGUGGUUGUCUGUGGACAGUGUCCUCGGCGUCGUGUCCACAGAGUUCCAGCUGUCGGAGAACCCUCCUCUGGGAGAAUGGACCAUCGGCGCUACAGUGGAUGGUGUUUCAAGCAAGAAGCAAAUCUUCGUGGCUCAUUAUGUGCUGCCAAAGUUUCAGGUGACGCUUGACGUCCCGAAGGUCAUUUCUCCGGACGACCCCCUGUCGGGCUCCGUCACUGCAAAGUACAUGUACGGGAAACCUGUCCAGGGACGCUUUUCUCUAACGGUCUACCACCAUUUCCAUGGUAUUGUAGAAGAGUACGAAAAAAGUGGAGAGAUUGACGGCACAGAAGACUUCAGCUUCUCUCCUUCAGACUACGAAUACAGGCGCAAACGACCUGUGGAGAUGGAGUUUUACGAAGGCUACAUGGAAGUGCCGUAUCUCACGGUUGUGGUUAAUGUGACAGAACAUCUCACAGGUCUCACCUAUAACAGUUCGGCCAUUGUGUCUCUGUCACAAUACAAAUAUAAACUUUCCUUUUACGACUAUUCCAAAAUGUUGAGGCCCUCAUUACCGUUCGUUGCCAUGCUGAAGAUAUCUAAAUACAACGAUGAGCCGCUGUCCCCGGAGGAUCGGACCAACAUGGUCCAGGUGUCGGUGAUGCAGAGGAAGGAGAGUCCGUGGAGAAUGGACGAGCUGUUUGAAAUGAGGCCUCGUGCCUCCAACAUGUCGGUUCCUCACAUUCCAGAGCAGAUGCCACCUCAAGAAAUGGAGUUUCCAGUUCCUGCAGAUGGAGUCAUACCCCUCCACGUCCUGGUCCUGAACGGAACUGAAACACUCACCAUCGAUGCAUCUUUUCUGGACGGCCACGGCACUCUGCAGCUCUACAGGAGCUACACGUCACCCAGUCACAGUUAUCUGCAGAUCAAGGAACCCUCCAGCGCUGCAGAGGUCGGUUCUCCCGUCCAUCUGGACAUCGAGCGGAACUUUCCAAUAACGGAGAUUCACUACAUCGUGAAGUCCAGAGGUCAGGUGGUUUCCACAGGUCAAGGCUCCGGGGACCUGACCCUGGUCCCUGAGAUGUCCUGGUCUCCUCUGGCCUGUGUCCUGGUCUUCUGUGUCCGUCCUGACGGAGAGAUCGUCAACGACGUGAUGAAGCUGCAAAUCAAACCAACUCUACACAACCAGGUUUCUCUGAGCUGGAGCGACGCGAUGACGCAGCCCGGUGAUGAGGUCACACUCCGGGUGGAGGUGGAGGAACCCGGCUCGCUGGUCGGGAUCCUGGUGGUGGACAAGGCCACGCGGGGGGGGGGAUCCGACAACGACAUCACCAACAUGAGGGUGAUGGAGGAGAUUAAGGAGUUCAGCGUUUCCCCGGCUGACGCCUUCUCCAACAGAUUGACAAUGGGAGAUCCGUACUCUGUCUUCAAGAUUUGUGAUUUCAUCGCUCUGACCGACGCCAGUUUACACGAGAUGAAAUAUCCACUGAGGCCUAUAUUUCCAGGGGAGGAAAUUUACACUUUAUACAACGACGACCCACCGAUGCAGGAUCCACGAGAACGCCUCAACUUCCCAGAGACCUGGAUGUGGCUGGACACCAACGUGAGUGACUCGAACACAAAGGAGUUGAGAGUCACGGCACCAGACAGCAUCACCACCUGGGUCGCCACCGCCUUCGUCAUGUCGGAGAACUUGGGACUGGGCGUGGUCCAGGAGCCGGCCGAGCUCACGGUGUUCCAGGACUUCUUCCUGUCCUUGAAUCUGCCGGCGUUCAUCAUCCGAGGAGAGGAGGUGCUGCUGGAGGUCGUCCUGUUCAACUACCUGCUCCAGGACCUGGAGGUCACGCUGACGGUGGCGCAGAGCGACACCUUUGAGUUCGUCUUCCCGGACGUGGAGGGGCUCGCCAUGCCCGGCGUCCGGCGGCUGUCCCUGGGGAGCCAGAGCGGGGGGGCCGUCCUCAUUCCCAUCAGGCCGCUGGUCCUCGGGGACAUCCCCAUCUCCGUGAAGGCCAGGUCGCACGCCGCCUCAGACCUGGUGCGCAGGACGCUGCUCGUCAAGGCCGAAGGGAUCGAGCAGACCUUCUCGUCCUCGCUGCUGUUGGAGGUUUCUCCUUCGCAGACGAGCGUUUCCUCACACGUCGCCUUCACCUUCCCGGACGAUCUGGUGCCGGGCAGCGAGCGAGCUGUGGUGACGGCGAUCGGCGACAUCCUCGGCCCCUCCAUCAGCGGCCUGGACUCUCUGAUCCGGAUGCCGUACGGCUGCGGCGAGCAGAACAUGAUCAACUUCGCUCCGAGCAUCUACGUCCUGCAGUACCUGAGCGCCACGGGCCAGGCGGACCAGGAGACCACGGCCCGGGCCACGGGCUACAUGCUGUCAGGGUACGAGCGCGAGCUGACCUUCCAGAGGACGGACGACUCCUUCAGCGCGUUCGGAGACCGCGACUCUGCCGGAAGCACCUGGCUGAGCGCUCUGGUGCUGAGGUGCUUCCUGCAGGCGCGCUCCUUCAUCUCCAUCGACCAGCACGUGCUGCAGGGGACGGCCACCUGGCUGGUCUCCCAGCAGGGGGCCGACGGCAGCUUCCAGGAGCUGGGCCGGGUCAUCCACACCGAGCUGCAGGGGGGACAGGACGGUCCCGUGUCCCUCACGGCGUACGUCCUCAUCGCGCUGCUGGAGGACGACAGCGUCAAGGCUCAGUACGGCAGCCAGGUGUCGGCAGCGCUGAUGUUCCUGGAGACUCGUCUGUCGCUGGGCGUCGCCAGCAGCUACAGCCUCAGUCUGCUCGGCUACGCCCUCGCUCUGUCCGGCAGCGCCAGCGCCGACACGGCCGUCAGCCAGCUGAUUGGACGAGCCCAGAUGACCGACGGCGUCCCGGUGUGGUCGUCCCCGGACGUCGGCCUGUCGGCGUCCUGGCAGCCGCGAUGUAGCGACAUCGAGAUGGCGGCCUACCUGGUGCUGACUCUGCACAAACUGGGUCGCGUGCAGGAGGGCGUCGGCCUCCUCAAGUGGCUCAGCCGCCAGCGGAACCACGGCGGAGGAUUCGGAAGCACUCAGGACACGAUUGUGGCGCUCCAGGCGUUGUCCACCAUCGCAGCGUCCGGCGGCUCGGACGACCUCGACCUCGCCGUCCGAGUGACCACGGGGUCGGGCGCCGCCGUCGCCUCGUUCCACAUCCACCAGAGCAACUACAUGCUGCUGCAGAGCCAGCAGCUGCAGCCACAGGGGGCGCUGCUGCUGAACGUGACGGCCGAGGGAACGGGACUCGCUCUGGUUCAGCUCAACGUGUUUUACAACAUCAGGAGUGAGAAGCUGAUGAGGAGGAGACGAGAGGUCGACCUGCACGAGGCCUUUCAUCUGCACACGGAUCUGAGGGACGUGGACGCCACGUCAUCGCACCUGGAAAUCUGCAGCAGCCUGUCGGAGCAUGUGGGUCUGAGCGCCACGGGCAUGGCGAUCCUGGAGGUGGGGCUUCUGAGCGGCUUCACCGUGGCACCGGGCGCCAUCAGGACUGAUGAGGUCAUCAGGGCGGUGGAGAUGCAGCCGGGGAAACUCAUCUUGUACCUGGACUCGGUGACGACGGACGAGAUGUGCGUCCAGAUCCCGAUGGACGUGGAAUUUAAAGUCGCCAAAGUGCAGGAGGCGACUGUUUCCAUCUACGAUUAUUAUGAACCAAGACGGAGGACAGUGAGGACCUACAUGUCUGAGAAGAGGAGCACCAUGUCCUCCUGCUCCUUCUGUGGAGACGACUGCAGCGAUUGCCGCUCGGACGAUCAUCCCCAAGUCAGUUCGGCGUCGAGCAGAAGCAACAACUUCCUGUCGCUCACGCUCCCGGCGGCUCUGCUCGCCAUCCUCCUCAGCCUGUGAAGAGUCAGAUCAGGUUCAGAUGAUAGAAUGUGUCGGGCUCAGCUUCGUGUGACAUGACUUGUUAUUCUCCCUUUACUCAAAUGUGUCCUUAGUUUGUUUUUAUAUUCAUGUGCAGUUGAAGUGUAACGUCAAAAUGAUCACAUGACAUAUAUUUGCAUUAUGUUAGAAGUAGGUGUGGCUUCUACAAGUCUCCAGGUUUUAAUCACGUGUCCCUGUGUAUUUUAAAUGGAUAAAUAUUUGUCAAUUCAAAUAUAGUAACUUUUUAACCUUUUAA